CAUCCGCAAUCAAUAGAUUUCUCUUUCUGGGCAAUUGACUUGUCACUCAAGAAAGAAGAAGAAUUAGAGAGAGAGAGAGAGAGAGAGAGAGGAGUAACAGUAGCAGGAAUUGAAAACCGGACGGACCACGUGUCGGACUGACUUGGGGUUUGGUGCCAAAUUUCCUUUCGUUGAGUGAGAAAUGGAGAUGAACAACGGAGGAGUAGUGGUUGACAAGAGGCCCAAGACCAAGAUAGUUUGUACUCUGGGGCCCGCGUCGAGGUCUGUUCCGAUGGUCGAGAAGCUGCUCAGAGCCGGUAUGAACGUCGCUCGCUUCAAUUUCUCACACGGAUCUCACGAAUACCACCAGGAAACCCUAGACAACCUCCGCGCUGCCAUGGACAACACCGGCAUCCUCUGUGCUGUCAUGCUCGACACUAAGGGUCCGGAGAUUCGAACUGGAUUUUUGAAAGAUGGCAAGCCCAUCCAACUGAAGCAGGGUGAAGAGAUCACCAUCUCCACUGAUUACAGCAUCCAGGGUGACGAGAACAUGAUUUGCAUGAGCUACAAAAAAUUGGCUGAGGACGUGAAGCCACAAAGUGUGAUACUCUGUGCGGAUGGCACGAUCUCAUUUACCGUUCUGUCUUGUGACAAGGAAAAUGGUUUGGUUCGAUGCCGAUGUGAGAACACAGCAGUUCUAGGCGAGAGGAAGAAUGUCAAUCUCCCAGGGGUUAUUGUGGAUCUCCCAACUUUGACGGAGAAAGACAAGGUUGAUAUCUUAGAGUGGGGGAUUCCUAAUAAUAUUGACAUGAUCGCUCUGUCUUUUGUCCGCAAAGGCUCUGACUUGGUGGACGUCCGGAAGUUGCUCGGGGAGCAUGCAAAGAAUAUCCUUCUUAUGUCAAAGGUUGAAAAUCAAGAAGGUGUGGCAAAUUUUGAUGAAAUCCUAGCUAACUCAGACGCCUUCAUGGUUGCGCGAGGCGACCUAGGUAUGGAAAUUCCGAUUGAAAAGAUAUUUCUAGCACAGAAAGUGAUGAUCUACAAAUGCAACAUCCAAGGAAAGCCGGUUGUUACGGCUACACAGAUGUUGGAGUCAAUGAUCAAAUCUCCUAGGCCAACUAGAGCAGAGGCCACCGAUGUUGCCAAUGCAGUUCUUGAUGGCACAGACUGUGUAAUGCUGAGUGGUGAAACAGCUGCAGGGGCUUAUCCGGAACAAGCAGUUCGAACCAUGGCCAAAAUCUGCGUUGAAGCAGAGAGCACAAUUGACUAUGCGGAUGUUUUCAAGAGGAUUACGGCAAAUGCACCUGUGCCCAUGAGCCCAUUAGAGAGCUUGGCCUCUUCUGCAGUGCGAACAGCCAAUUCAACAAAGGCAGCUCUGAUAUUGGUCCUAACCAGAGGAGGAAGUACUGCUAAACUGGUGGCUAAGUAUAGGCCAGGCAUGCCUAUACUGUCGGUGGUGGUCCCUGAGAUUAAGACUGAUUCCUUUGAUUGGUCGUGCAGCGAUGAGUCUCCAGCGAGACACAGCCUUAUAUUUAGGGGUUUGGUUCCGGUUUUAUGUGCAGGGUCUGCUAGGGCUUCGCAUGCUGAGUCGACAGAAGAAGCGUUGGAGUUUGCGCUGCAACAUGCCAAGGCAAAGGGACUCUGCAAGGAUGGAGACGCUGUCGUGGCUCUGCACCGAGUUGGGACCGCUUCUAUCAUCAAGAUCGUCACCGUGAAGUAGAGAUGGUCUUCGUGAUGGUAAUAAUUCCUCCCUGGCCUUGUUAGUUGGUUAGGUUAUGAAGUUAUGAAGGAGAUGAGACUAAUCGCUUUCUGAUUUUUGGCUAUUUUGUUUUACCUUUUCUGAAAAGGACGUUUUUGAUAGAUAUUGCUCUUCUGAGAUUUGUUUCUCAGCACUUUAAAUUGUUGUCGUCUCGCAUAAACAUUUUACCAAUGGAGUGGAACUCUAUUGUUUGAUUUUGGUUAAAGCUAUAUGCAAAUGCGACUCAUAAUUUGUCUA